UCUCUACUUGAUCUCCAAUUGUUUAUGGGGUCCAAUGUGUACUAACAUUUAUAUGGUUCCCUCGAUCUUAAAGAAAGGUAUAGUAAACUGUUCUCAGUAGAACUUGUAAUUGUGCGUACUUCUUCGAAAAAGCGGUUUGGCUUGCCUUCAUUUUUGAAUAGAUAAAUAUUACUAGAAUCUGUUUCCAGCUUUAGUGGGUCAUGAUUCAGUAUUAAAUACCCUCUAGAAUGUCCAACCGGAAUCUGAAUAACCACCUCCAAAGCUUCCCGAAACAAGUUUGGUAAUACUCCAAAGAAAAUUAAACCCAAUAUUAGUCGUUCCGGGGCGUUGGAGAGUUUAGACAGCACACGAUCUUUUGAGCUACAUUGAAGUGCUAUUUCUAGAUAAGCAAAACUUAAGGCACUCCCAAUACUUUUUCUCGAAAUUUGGCAUAAAACAUUUUUUUUUACUACUUGCAGUUACGAGUGCGUUUGCGUGCCGGGUAUUAUGGGCAAGAAUUGUGAGAUCAAUAUCAAUGAAUGCGAAACGAAUCCGUGUGGCAAGCAUGGAACAUGCAAUGAUGGAAUUGGCACAUAUACUUGCGAAUGCGAUCCAGGUUUCGAGGGACGACACUGCGAUGUGAAUAUCGACGAGUGUGACAGAUAUCAACCUUGUGGCGCACACGGCACCUGCUUCGAUGAGAUCAACGACUACACUUGCGAUUGUGAUGCCAAUUAUGGCGGUAAAAACUGCUCUGUACCCCUGAUAGGCUGCUCGAGUGCGCCUUGUCAGAAUGGCGGUUACUGCAAACCGUAUUUGGUUAAUGAAACCGAACAUCUUUUCAACUGUACCUGCCAACAUGGUUUCCAGGGUGAUAUAUGCGAGAAGACCACAACAAUUUCAAUGGUGGUGAGCAGUCUAAUCACCGUGAAGACGCAACGCGAAGAAGGUUAUGACAUCAAUUUGCAAUUUAAGACCACACUACCCAAUGGUGUGCUCGCUUUUGGCACCUCGAUUGGUCAUAAUGAACCCGUUAGCUAUAUAUUGGAGUUAAUAAAUGGUCGACUGAAUUUACAUUCUUCGUUGCUUAACAAAUGGGAGGGCGUAUUCAUCGGUUCCAAGCUGAAUGAUAGCAACUGGCAUAAAGUAUUCGUCGCCAUUAACACUUCGCAUUUAGUGCUCUCUGCCAAUGAUGAGCAGGCCAUAUUCCCGGUGGGUUCAUAUGAGACCGCCAAUGGCAGUCAACCGUCAUUUCCACUCACCUAUUUAGGUGGCACUAUACCCAAUUUGAAAUCUUACUUGCGUCAUUUGCCGCAUCGCCCCUCGAGUUUCGUUGGCUGCAUGCAGGAUAUAGUUGUGAAUGGCAAAUGGAUUUUUCCCGAGGAACAAGGCACCGAAAAAGAUACCAAGUUAACAAAUAUACAGGCCGGCUGUCCACGUAAUGAGCAAUGUGUACCAAAUCCAUGUCACUCGAAUGGCGCUUGCACAGAUUUGUGGCAUACAUUCUCGUGCACCUGCCAGCGUCCACAUUUUGGACACACCUGCAAAUACAAUAUAACUGCCGCCACAUUUGGUCAUGAGAACACCACACACUCGGCUGUAAUUGUAGAGACAAAUGAGGCUGCACGUCGUGCCAUUCGCUCCAUACUGGAUAUCUCUAUGUUCAUACGUACACGGGAGCCCACUGGACAGGUAUUCUAUUUGGGUAGUGAUCCAAAGAAAUCCGCUUCAAAAGGAACAAGUAAGUAUUUCGAGAAC